CGGUACAACAUCCGGUUAAUAUCGAACGCUCCUCAACGCUGUUUUACAGUAAUUAUUGGAAAAUGACGCCGUUGAAAGAGCUGCAAGUUGAGGACAAUAUUCUUUUGCAAAUUAAUUUCCUCAAAUAUGCUGUAGUGACAGUUUCCUUGCCUGCUGUAUCUUUGCUUUGGUGCUUCAUAACGGGAAUUAUUUUCCAGUUCGACGAAGUGAAUGAAACCGUUUGUAAGGCUCAAAAUGUUGUUCCAUCUAUCAGCGCUGUAACAGGUAUCACACCUGGAGCUUAUGUAUGGCGUAUAUGCAUAGCUUUACACUGUACACCAAGAUUUGCAGUUGGAUUUGUCCAUUACAAUCAUUAUAAAAAGAGAGCUCAAUUUAUAAGUGAAAAAUAUAGAGGGCUGUAUAUGAAGCUUAUUAGCCUUAAUUUCUGGAUUUAUCAAAUAGAAAAUUCAUGUUUAGUAGCUGUUACCUAUAUUUCCAAUAAGGAGAAUUAUCCUAUUCAUGAGAAGAUAUUUGUAGUAUUUAUGAUCAGCUGUUGUUGUUACAUGUUACUGAACACAAUAAUCUUCAAAUGGUCAAGGUCUGGUCCAAUGACAGAAAGGGAACUAUUGUCCUACAAGAUAAAGAAGUACAUGUGGGUGUUGAUUAUGGUAUCUACAGCUGGUUUACUAUAUAGUUUUGUACUACACAGAUUCUAUUGUAUACCAUUUGCCUUUAGUUUUUUCUCAGCUUUUGAGUACUUUAUAGCAUAUUCCAACAUGGCUUACCAUGUCAGCGCUUAUUUAGAAUUCUCUGACUUGAGUGUAGUUUAUGGUCAUCUACAUACAGUUCCAGUUCCGAACAAUACAAAUGGUACUUCUAUAGAAAAUGGAGAAACAAAGUCGCCAAGACGUUUACGUUCCAGGGAAAAAGGAGAAAAAGUCCAUUGAUGAUAGGUCUUACUGGUUAAAGGAUAGAUUUCAUUUUGUAAACGUUGAUAUUACAAACUUAUCUAAUGCCAGAACACAUCUUCAUUGUACAACUUCUCUAAUUUUAGCGUUACAAACAGUACAAUAUAAAUGAAUACUUUUUUCUUGAGCAAAACUGUGAUAAAAAGAGUUGGCAAACAGUGGUAGUUGUUACAAUAAAAGCGCUUUUUUGAAAUAAGCAAUCUUAUUAUAAGAGCAAUAUUUGACAAGAUGAUAAAGAACUAAAAUCCACUAAUAUUGUGAAAGUCUUUUGAUGAGAUGAUAACUAUAGUGUCUUAUUUAGUGUCUUCAAUAUGGAAACUUUUCUAUAAGUAAUAAGUAAGUUUUUAAAAGCUUUGUUCAAAGAGUUCCUAUGUUUUGUUUUUAAAUUUCAGAUUUUAGUCCAAUAUAUAUAUUUUGUUGUGUACAAUGGCACUGUCAGAAAUUGUUUCUAAGAUACUGAUAAAAAGACUGUUAAAAUUUUAUACAGUGGAUUCUUUUAUUUUGUGGAUUAAGCAGAUAAGGAGAAACUUGUAUUUUCCUGGAUACCUGAUUUAGUUGUUUUGACAUACAAGCCUGUAGGAAAUUUGUGUUUUGUUGAAUCUUUAAAAUGGUAGUUCACCUAUACCUAGGAAAGUUAGUAUCUAUUUAAUAAAUCCUCAGUAAUUGAUUUAUGUAAGAUUACUUCCCUUUGAGAAACUUACAUUAUAAUUUUGUUUCAAUAUCUUUUUUGGAAUAUGCUACCAUAUAAUUAUAGAUUCUACCAUUGAAUUAGUGAAAAACAAUGUUUCCCAAAUUGAGACGGUUAAAUUUUUAUAUUUCAAACCAGUCAUCAAAGUAAACCACAAAUGUUAAGGCCAAGGUCAGUAAAAAUAUAAUAGGGUCAGAAAUGAGUUUCUACGUAUAAUUUACGAGCUUUUUAUAUAUAUAUAUAUAUAAAUUUUGGACCACUACGUCUAAAAACUUUUUCAUGAAGACUGUUAGAUAUAAGGCAUGUAAGGCAUAACAUUUGAAUAUUUAUAGAAUAACAAAUCCAAGAAUUCAUAUACAUUGUAUCUAAAAAUAUUGUCCGAGUGACAUGCAUAUUUAUUCAACAAAUUUGUGUUUGUCUUGAAUUAGCUUGAAUACUAAUUUAUCUCUUUUAUCAAGAGUUGUGAAUUAGAGCUCUGUCUAUUUAUGUAUUUUUUAAAUCAUAUCAUUUUCUACUGCAAUAAUACACCAGCUCACUUUUAUUUUAGUUACCAUAGUUAUUUUAUUGCCUGUUACAAUGUUGUAUUGGGGCAACCUCUUACUUUCUACAAGUAUGUCUGAGUUGUGCAAUAUCUGGACAGUUUGAAUACAUAUGUAGUAGCUUAAUCUGUUCUUACAAUUUUUUCCCUGUUUGAAUGGAUUUCAAUAUAUCCAGUACUAAACUGUAUUAUAUUACAUAUAUAUUUUAUUUUUAUCAGUUCAAUUUUAGAUAUUAUUGUUUUACUUGUAUGACAUUUAUUUAAAACUCAUCAUCUAUUGAAUUCUAUUGGGUAUAUUUAAAGAAGUGUAUCUUAUUUAAUAGUAUGGCAUUGCAGGCUUGUUUUGAGUGUACUGCUUUACCCUUAAACUCUAUAUAGAAGCAAGCAAAGUGUUGGAAUGAUGAAAUAACCUUGUGAAAACUGGAAGUUCCUGUCUAAUUUGUAAAUAUAUAUUUUUUAUUUCAUUGGAAUAUUAUCACAGAAAACUAAGUAGACAGACAUAUUGCUUUCAUUUUGAGAUUGCUUAUAUAUGUAUACUGUACUGGGUUACUUUACAAAAUUACCAUUAUUGUUUUAAAAGAAAUCAAUACUCAAUAAGGGGAGACAAAUCUAUGACAAUAUGAAAAACUAUCUAGUUGAGGAAAAUAAUUCAUUGUUGAACAAUGCAAAUGGCAUCAAUAAGAUUUUCCGAAAUCAUUUCUUAUGCUAUGGCAGUAGAAAUAAAAUGUCUUUUUUUAAAUAGGUUAUUGCUGUGCAAGAUUUACAUUUAUAGGAUCUUAAUUUAAAUUGUUACUGCCCCUUGUUCUACUUGGUCGCUACUGAAAUUUCAAACAGGAACAUAUUCAUGAAUGAAAAAUAUUUAGUUCAUCAAAAUUAUGGAAAAAUUUAAUAAGACAGCUACUGAAUUUAUUUUGAGAUAAAAGCAUUUAAAAAAAUAAAUAAAUUUUGGCAAGAAAGGGCAAUAAAAAUGUGGAAUUUUUUGGCAAGAGAAAGAUGUCUCAGGAUUUUUGUAUGAAAUAUUCAUUUAAAAAUGGAGUGUUUAACUGUAGGAAAAGUGUUUUGGAAAUAUAUCAAGAAUUUGAAAAAUUUUAUAAUCUGUGUAGUAUAUGUGAAAAUUUUGGGAAAAUUUAGACUUGUUCACAAUGGAAAUUUACUAAUUGCAUGGAAAAAGCAAUAGAUAUUAUGAAAUAUGAUAGAAAUGUAGAAAAGAUAUUCAUCAAAUAUCCUGUAAUGUAUAAUUGAAUAUAAUUGAAAAAUAUUUUUAAAAAUGUAUCAAACAUCCUGUACUAAAUGUUAAAAUGGUCUUUGUUAUUAAGUCUCCCAAACGAAGUUUGGGAAGACUUAUUGUUUUUGCUCAGUUCUUAUUCUUCUUCUUCUUCUUCUUCCGCCGCUUUUAAAUUUGAACUUGUCCGCACCCGUUCUCCAAAACCGCUUGUCAGAUUAACUUAGGGUUUCACAAUAUGUUAGACUAACAUGUCUAGUGGUGCAAUCAGGGUUUUGUUUGUGCAAUGGGGUUUAUAAAGGGGUACUUUGAGGGGCAAAAAGAAAAGAGGGUUUUACUAUAGAACCCUAUGGGAUUUUAUUUUUAAAAAUUUUCAAAUGAUUAUAAAUUGAAAACCGUUUGUGAUAGACACAAUCUUUUUAAUUGAAAAUGUUCUAAAUGAUAAAGCCCAUUAAAUGAAAUACAGGGUUAGUCCCCAGGGGUCACCCCCACCCCCUGCCAUUUAAAAAAGUUCUAAUAUCUUGUAAGUGGUCAAGAUCCCCACCCCUAAACCAUAUAUAUUUUGGUUUGUCAUGCGAAGAUGGUUUGAAUGAUAUACAGGGUUAGUCCCCAGGGGUCAUCCCGACCCCCUGCCAUUUGAGAAAGUUCUAAUAUCUUGUAAAUGGUCGAGAUCCCCACCCCUAAACCAUAUAUAUUCUGGUUUGUCAUGAUAAAGCACAUCAAAUGUAAUACAGGGUUAGUCCCAAGGGGUCACCCCCACCCCAUGCCAUUUAAAAAAGUUCUAAUAUCUUGUAAGUGGUCAAGAUCCCUACCCCUAAACCAUAUAUAUUCUGGUUUGUCAUGCUAAGAUGGUUUGAAUGAUAUACAGGGUUAGUCCCCAGGGGUCAUCCCGACCCCCUGCCAUUUGAGAAAGUUCUAAUAUCUUGUAAAUGGUCGAGAUCCCCACCCCUAAACCAUAUAUAUUCUGGUUUGUCAUGAUAAAGCACAUCAAAUGAAAUACAGGGUUAGUCCCUAGGGGUCACCCCCACCCCAUGCCAUUUUAAAAAGUUCUAAUAUCUUGUAAGUGGUCAAGAUCCCCACCCCUAAACCAUAUAUAUUCGGUUUUGUCAUGAUAAAGCACAUCAAAUGAAAUACAGGGUUAGUCCCUAGGGGUCACCCCCACCCCAUGCCAUUUUAAAAAGUUCUAAUAUCUUGUAAGUGGUCAAGAUCCCCACCCCUAAACCAUAUAUAUUCUAGUUUGUCAUGCGAAGAUGGUUUGAAUGAUAUAUGGGGUUAGUCCCCAGGGGUCAUCCCGACCCCCUGCCAUUAAAGAAAUGUCUAAUAUCUUGUAAAUGGUCGAGAUCCCCACCCCUUAACCAUAUAUAUUCUGGUUUGUCAUGAUAAAGCACAUCAAAUGAAAUACAGGGUUAGUCCCCAGGGGUCACAGGGGUCACCCCCACCCCCUGCCAUUUGAGAAAGUUCUAAUAUCUUGUAAAUAGUCGAGAUCCCCACCCCUAAACCAUAUAUAUUCUGGUUUGUCAUACCAAGAUGAUUUGAAUGAUAUACAGGGUUAGUCCCCAGGCAUCACUUAUGCAUAUAACUUUACUGGACCAAACCAAUUUUCAUUGGACUUUGCCCAAUUUCAGGCGACCAUGGGAAUUACGAAUUAUGGGAGUUUCGUUUGGGAGACUUCGUAACAGCAUCCUGUUACAAUCGUUUCUUGUUGUUGGUGCUUUUUACAUAUUUAUAAAAUAAAAAUAAUUAUUAUAUGGAUUGGCUAGUGUAACUUUUAAUGGCAACCUAAAGUGAUUCAUUGAAUCAUACUCUGUGCAAAACUAAUAGCUGUUGAAAUAAAUAUGGCCCAAGAAAAUUAAGUUUUUGAGAACUAUUUCAAAUUUGCUCAUAAUGUUUGGAAAUGCAUAAAGUCAAGAAAUAUAAAUGAAUUACAUAAGAUUUUUGAUAUUAUGACGUCACAGUUACAUCAUAAUGUGCACUAUUUUCUUGAAAAAAAAGAAAACUGCAGAGUUUAUGCAGUUUUUCAUCAUUAUUUCCUUUUUAGAAACUUUGUGUGCAGGCAAGAAAUAAAAAGCUAAUUGAAGAGUAGCUUUAUUAUAACUAUUGACAAAUUCUCAUUAUAUAUAAAGUUUGUUUCUUGGGUGCACUAAUACUUUUCCAAUCUAAUAUAUAUAAAGUUGACGUAAAACAAGGAAAAUCUAGAAAUUUUACAAAAUAUACAAAUUUUGUCAUGGUUUGUUCCUAUGGUAUCUCAUUAAUUGUGAAAUUUCUUUUUAUUUUUUGAACACACUGUAACUUAGUGUAUUAAGGACAAAUUUAAGAAUAUGUAUGCUAACUUUUCAAUUUGCACUUUUAUUUGGGCCAAAUAAGGGCCUUAUUGCCCCUACUCCUUUAUGUCACUUAACUGUUUAUACCCCUACAUACUGAUGCUGCAGUUCAAAGUAAUCAUUGAAUUUGUGGUCUAUCCACUUAAUGUAUCUCUCAUUCCCCCUAACUGGGAGACUGGACUUUAUACCCCUAUUCACUGAUGCAGCAGUCAUUUUAUUUUAGGGUGGGGAUGUUUCAUAGCAAAACUUUGACUGCCCUGGUGAAAAGGGGUAGACAUCUGUAUACACAACUCCUCCUUAAGCAAUGAUCUUAUUUAAAUGAAUUGUUGUGUCUUUCUUACAUGAUCCUGAUGUGCAUUCCAUUUAUUUUUGAAGUUGACUAAUUUUGUGAAUUUGCCAUAUUAAUACAAACCCAACUAGAGAAGCAGAGUAUGAAUUUAUGAGCAUUGCUCAAUAGUUUUUGGCUUCAACAAAAUUAGCCACUUGAAAAAAGGUAAACAGAUGGUUUGGUUAUGGCUUAAAUUAUUGUCUUAAAUAUAUCUAAUUCUAUUCUAGUCAUUGACAUUGUGCAAUUUAAAUUCUUAGAAAAUCAAUAUUAAAAUUUGUCAAAGAUAUUACAGAUAUUUUUGUUUUAAGAUUCUUUGUAACAUUGUCCAACUACAAAUAAAUGUAAUGAUUAAUGAUUUUUCUAAUGUAUUUUACAGUUUCUUCCAAACUACUGAUCUUUUUAUUUCAAAGUUUUUGUUUUUAGGCAGUUAAGCUGCCUUAUGCGACCACCCUAGAUUUGUGUUCUACCCAAUAAAUGCUGAAAUAC